GUUUAACGUGUUAUACCUGCUGUUAUUUCGAUACUGUUCGAUGUUUUGAGUGUUUUGUGAGUAAUAUGCCGUCUCGUAUUGAUGAUUAUGAAGUGCUGAGCACUAUAGGAUCAGGAUCUUAUGGAAAAUGCCAGAAAAUCAGGAGGAAGUCGGACGGAAAGAUCCUGGUCUGGAAGGAGCUGGAUUACGGUACGAUGGCCGAGGCGGAGAAACAGCUGCUGGUGUCGGAGGUGAAUCUGCUGAGGGAGCUGAGACACCCCAACAUCGUCCGAUACUACGACCGCAUCAUCGACCGCACCAACACCACGCUGUACAUAGUGAUGGAGUACUGUGAGGGUGGAGACCUCGCCUCUCUCAUCAACAAGUGCAUUAAAGACAGGAAGUAUCUGGACGAGGACUUUGUACUGAGAGUCAUGGCUCAGCUGGCUCUGGCGCUGAAGGAGUGUCACGGUCGAAGUCAUGACGGCGGCACGGUCCUCCAUCGCGAUCUGAAGCCCGCCAACGUCUUCCUGGACACAAGGCAGAACGUAAAGCUGGGCGAUUUCGGCCUGGCGCGGAUACUGAAACACGAGACCAGCUUCGCGAAGACCUUCGUGGGAACUCCGUACUACAUGUCUCCUGAGCAGAUGAAUCGCAUGUCCUACAACGAGAAGUCGGAUAUCUGGUCGUUAGGGUGUCUGCUGUACGAACUCUGUGCUCUGUCUCCGCCGUUUACAGCGUAUAACCAGGAGGAGCUGGCGGAGAAGAUAAACGAGGGCAAGUUCAAGAGGAUCCCGUACCGGUUCUCAGACGAGCUGAACACGCUGCUGUGCAGGAUGCUGCACCUGAAGGAUUACCUGCGUCCGUCUGUAGACUCCAUCCUGCAGAGCUCCUUGAUCUCCUCACACGUGGCCCAGGAGCAGAAGAAAGCUCAGGCGGGGCAGCGCCGCAGGUCAUGUGAUCAAGAGCAACCCAAACAGGUCGAGCUGAGACUGAAGGAGCAGGCCCUGCGGCAGCGCGAGCAGGACCUCAAGGAGCGGGAGGAGAGACUGGAGCAGAAAGAGCAGGAGCUGUGCAUCAGAGAGAGGCUAGCCAAUGAGAAGCUAACCAGAGCGGAGAGUCUGAUGAAGGCCUGUAACGUGAUGAAGCAGCACAGGCCGAUCUCUACACUCUACACUCGGGACAGAGGUGAGGGUGAGAACGUUUCACCUGGAACGAAGAAAGUUCACUUUGCCGGUGACGGUAAGGAGAACGUGAGGCGAGGGCUCGCCGGGAAACUGCAGGCGCUUCAUAUCGACGACGUGGAGAGAAGUUCAGCACUGAGGAGCAGAGCCCUGCAGGGGAUGCGCUAGUGCUAAUGCUAAUGCGCGCAGAGAUUUUUGGGUGCUUCAUACCACGGAACGCACACGCACAACCCAAACGGUUUCAUCCCUGUACAAUAAAGGUGUUAAACAUG